UUGCUGCUCAGUCUCUCAGUAACUCAGUAAAGUUGAGUGGAAUUCCACUACCAAAAACAAGAUGUCUUUCAUAAAAGUAGACGCAACGUCCGAUUUCUCUUUCCACAACCUUCCUUAUGGAAUAUUCUCCACACCAGAUAAUCCCAAACAAAAUCGCAUUGGUGUUGCCAUCGGAGACCAGAUACUGGACCUCAGUGUGAUAAAGUCUCUCUUUCGAGGGCCUGUGAUGUCCAGACAUCAGGAUGUCUUUGACCAGCCCACACUGAAUGCUUUCAUGGCUCUUGGUUAUGAGGCCUGGAGGGAGGCCAGACAAACCUUGCAGGUGUUGCUGUCAGCCAGUGAGAGCACACUGAGAGAUGAUGUCAGCCUUCGGAGCAGAGCAUUUGUCCAUCAGAGUACAGCCACCAUGCACCUUCCUGCAGACAUCGGUGACUACACCGACUUCUACUCCUCCAGAGAUCAUGCCACCAACGUUGGCAUCAUGUUCCGGGGGAAGGAGAAUGCUCUGAUGCCAAACUGGUUGAGGCUUCCAGUGGGAUACCAUGGUAGAGCAUCAUCGGUGAUUGUUUCUGGGACCCCCAUCCGCCGUCCUUCAGGCCAAAUGAGACCUGACCAGACAAAACCUCCUGUGUUUGGCCCGUCUAAGCAGUUGGACAUUGAGCUGGAGAUGGCCUUCUUUGUUGGGGGGGGGAAUCAGCUGGGGGAGCCCAUUCCCAUGAAGAAAGCCCACGAACACAUCUUUGGCAUGGUACUCAUGAAUGACUGGAGCGCCAGGGACAUCCAGGCGUGGGAGUAUGUACCUCUAGGUCCUUUCCUGGGCAAGAACUUUGGGACAACCAUCUCGCCUUGGGUUGUCCCCAUGGAGGCGCUGUUACCCUUUGCAGAGCCCAACCCCAUCCAGGAUCCAGAGCCCCUCCCCUACCUACAACACCACGAUGCUUACACUUUCAACAUUAACCUGUUUGUGUCACUAAAAGGGAGGGAAAUGGUAGAGGCAGCAACCAUCUGCCAGUCAAACUUUAAGUACAUGUACUGGACCAUGAAGCAGCAACUCAUCCAUCAUACAGUCAACGGCUGCAAUGUCAGACCAGGAGACCUGCUGGCUUCUGGUACUAUCAGUGGCCCUGAUCCAGAGAGUUUUGGUUCCAUGCUGGAGCUGUCGUGGAGGGGGUCUAAGAGCAUCAAUCUGGGAGGGGGAGAAACCAGAACCUUCCUGGAGGACGGAGAUGAAGUCACCAUCACAGGUUAUUGUCAAGCAGAUGGAUACAGGGUGGGCUUCGGACCCUGCAUGGGAACCAUUCUCCCUGCCCUGCAGCACUGAAACACACAUUGCUGCAUUAUAUUCAUCCAGCAGAGGGAUUCUCCCACUUCACGUCAGUGGUACUGCUGUACCGGGAUCAGUAUUAUUGAUGUUUCUGUGUGAUUUAAAUGAAAUCAAUCAUUUAA